AUGGACAUCGAAAUUCACCCGCUAACGCACGAUCCUACGUCGGCAUGGAAGGAAAUAUCGAAAUCACAACGUGUGAUAAAAAUCAACACCAAACCGCCCGCAGCGGACGUACCACCGAACAAAGUGCGGGUCGUCUGCAUGUCCGAUACCCAUUCGCUGACGCAUCACAUCAAGUUCGACAUUCCCGAGGGCGAUAUUUUCAUACACGCCGGAGACUUUACGCGCUGUGGCAAGCUGGAUGAAGUGGUCGACUUCAACGAAUGGUUAAAGAAACUGCCACACAAACACAAGCUGGUAAUUGCAGGGAAUCAUGAGCUUAGCUUCGACCAUACCUUCACCCAUCCGUUCCAAAAUGCGAGCGCCUGUUGCAAGAAAACGGGCUCCACCCUGCUGGACGAAAUACCUACGCUGGGCAAUUCGAAGGAAAGCCUGGCGGAAGCGGUGAAAACGGAAAACAUUCGACAGUAUUUGAGCAACUGCACCUACCUGCAGGAUGAGUGCAUCGAGCUGUAUGGUUUGCGGAUUUACGGAACGCCCUGGCAGCCAGAGUUUUGCAAGUGGGCAUUCAACGUGAAGCGCGGCCAGGCAUGCCUGGAAAAGUGGGAACAGAUACCGGAGAAUGUGGAUAUACUCGUGACACACACACCGCCCGUCGGACAUGGAGAUCUUUGCUGUUCGGGAGUGCGUGCCGGGUGUGUGGAACUGUUGGCCACGGUACAGCAGCGUGUCAAACCGAAGUAUCACGUAUUCGGGCACGUCCACGAAGGUUACGGCAUUACCUCGGACGGGAGAAUCAUCUUCGUGAAUGCUUCAACGUGCGAUAUUAACUACCUGCCCAAUAAUCAACCGAUAGUUUUCGAUGUGACUCUGCCGAAGGGUCGCACCAAAGAUGAUUAG